AUAUACAUAACAGAUCACAAAAUAUACCCUCAUGCACUGUAACAGUCAUAUUUGUAGCAGAACCUGCCUCAAGGUCUGGAAUUUUAUGGGUUAGAUAUCUAAGUAAGGAUGAGGGGUCUUCAAAAGCUUUUGCCAUCUGUCACAUGUGCAUUGAAAUGUGUGUAUGAUGAGCUGUGACAAAGUGCUCUGAAGAUUGUGGCUGGUAGGAGUGUGCACACCUUAUGUACAAUGGAAAAAAUGCCCUGGAAAAAUGUAAUUGUAGCCUUUUCAUGCUUCUCCUCGUGCAAUUUCUAAAAAUGGAAAAAAUCCAUAUUACCCUCUACUACUGUGCAGAAAAAGUCUCUGGACUGUGCUUGGCAGAAGAUUUCUAUUUCUUUGAUUAAGACACUGGAAAUGUUCCUUGUUGAGCAAAGUCUUAGCAUGUUGGCCAACAGACUUGUUUGAUCAUACUACAGUGAAGAAUGAAGAUAUGCUUGAACACUGAAUUGAGUGCUUGAACAUUGACUUUUAAGCAAAUAAUAAAGUACAGAUUUGCAUGGGGACUUUGCUUACCUGAUCCUUAUUUCAGAGGCUGUUUGAAGCAUGAUGUAAAGGAGAGAUUACCAGGAUCACAGUCCAGUAAUUUGCUGAGUGAUUUUGAGGUGCUGCUGAAUACUAUCCAUUAUCAUUACUUGCAGUGAGAUUCAGGGAUAAUCAGACUCAGUGUAAUAAAUUACCAAGAUAAGAUGGGUAAUGAAAGAAUGUGAAAUGCAGAAGAUAAGUUGGUGUUUCUCAACAGCCUUCAGCAUGACUUUUGUAAUUAUUAACUAAACCUUAAAGCCUGAGGUAGUCCUUAUUCAAAUGCCUUAAUCCUUCUUCAGAUUCUCUUCUUACAACAACAUCUGCUCACAUUUCCACAAUGAGGGAAAGGAAGACAACAGAUCCACUUCAUUCGUCCACAGAUCUGAGUGAAGGGAAGGAGAAGUUAAGACUGAGACAAGAAGUUGGCCUGAUUAGCAGUGUGUCAUUAAUUGCAGGCACCAUGAUAGGCUCAGGGAUCUUUAUGUCCCCUGAGUGGGUACUACAUCACAUGGGGAACCCUGCCAGCAGCCUGCUGAUCUGGGCAGCAUGUGGUCUCCUGGCCAUGUUUGGAGCCUUGUCGUACGCUGAGCUUGGAACAAUAAUUAAAGAGUCUGGAGGAGAAUAUAUUUACAUUUUGAGGAUUUUUGGUUCCUUUCCUGCUUUCCUUUUCGCCUACACUUCUGUCAUCCUGGUGAGACCAGCUGGUUUGGCAGCUGUCUGUCUGAGCUUUGCUGAGUACGCCAUUGCGCCGUUCUACCCAGGAUGCUCAUCUCCGCAGGUUGCCGUCAAAUGUACAGCUGCUGCCUGCAUCCUGAUCUUAACUAUCAUCAACUGUCUCAACGUGAGGCUGGCAACAUCUGUUAUGAACAUUUUUACAGCUGCCAAACUCUUGGCUUUGUUGGUGAUCGUGGUGGGUGGAUUGGUGCUGCUUGCCAAGGGACAAACUCAGAGUUUUCAGAAUGGUUUUCAAGGCACGACUUCAGGUAUUGGGGCAGUUGGAGUGGCUUUUUACCAGGGACUCUGGUCCUAUGAUGGAUGGAACAACCUAAAUUAUGUGACUGAGGAACUGAAGAAGCCUGAGGUGACCCUCCCCAGAGCUCUGAUGAUCGCCAUUCCUUUGGUUACGUGCCUGUAUUUGCUGGUAAACGUGAGCUACCUGGCAGCCAUGACUCCCUCUGAGCUGCUGUCUUCAGGAGCUGUGGCUGUCACCUGGGGGGACAAAGUCCUGGGCAGCUGGGCAUGGCUCAUCUCCCUGUCGGUGGCCCUGUCUACGUUUGGUUCAUCGAAUGGCACGUUCUUCAGUGGAGGCCGUGUGUGCUACAUUGCUGCCAGGGAGGGACAUAUGCCAGACAUUCUGUCCAUGGCUCACGUGAGAUGCCUCACGCCCUCCCCUGCUCUACUGUUUACAUCUGCCAUGUCUUUAAUAAUGAUAAUAUCAGGAAGCUUUACCAGUAUCGUGAACUUUUUCAGUUUUGUGGCAUGGCUUUUCUAUGGAAUGACUAUUUCUGGGCUCCUGUAUUUAAAAAUCAAGAAACCAGAACUGCCAAGAUCUUACAAGGUUCCAAUUAUCAUCCCCAUAAUUGUGCUGGUGGCAGCUGUGUACCUGGUGUUAGCUCCCAUCAUUGACCAACCCCAAAUAGAGAUCCUCUACAUCGUCCUGUUCAUCUUCAGUGGCAUCAUUUUUUAUUUCCCACUGGUUCACUUUAAGUACCAUCCUCGCUUCUUACAGAGAGCCACUUUACACCUCCAGUUGUUGCUGGAAGUUGCUCCAACUACCAGGGAUGCAAAUUGAGAUAACAUCCUCCCUUCACAUGGCUGGCUACACUUCAUGGUUUGUCCCAGUGCCUUGGUUUUCAAGGCUCAGAAAAUAUUCUUCUGUAAAGAGCAAUGAGUAGAAUGUGAGUGACAUGUGUCCACGUGAGAUAGACUACAGCUGUGACUCCUCAUGUUUCCCUAAAAUUCUGGAGACAUGUUUUUCUCCUUUUCAGCUCUGCCUUGGCAUUACAUACAGAUUCCAAAGGAAUAUGUGCUUUUGUAUUUUUCAUCCCAAAAAGGGCUGUUUCUCAGGAUCUUAUCUCAUAUUUCAAGAUAAAAAGCAUCAAAAGAUAGACAAUGAAAUAUUUUUCCUAUAGCAGGCUGGAUGCCAAAGCCAUUCCUGGCAAUGCCUUUAAUUAUUUACACCUAGUUCUGCUCACUGUGACUGCAGAGCUUCUCAAAUCAAUAAAGGAAGGGUUCUCCACAGCCACAAGAAAUAAACUCUUUUUCACUCACAUAUUCACUCUGGGAAGAUUAUGCUUCUUCCAGCUCCAAGUGUACAGUCACAACAGUCCUUUCUCUGUCUCAGAAAUCGACCCACAUCUCCCACAGCAAGCCCUCUGACAUGAGAUAAAGAAGUGCUUUAAAGCUCUGUCAGUUUCCUUAGAUGAGAAUGUGCCUGUUAUCUGGGAUCCAUCCAUUCAUGAUGUGGACACAAGCAGCAUCACUCGAGUACCAACAUUCACCCAUGUGCUUCCUGUGAUCCCCCCGAAGACAAAAAACUUCUUUUGUGACAAAAUGAGGAAAAAACAAAACAACUAAAACUCUAGAGCGUAUGUGCCAGCAAGAUACUCUGACUAGGAAAUAAAGAAACCACAUACUGGGUUGCAUUAGGAGAAGUGUGGCCAGCAGAGCAAGGGAACAGUCUGUCUGUUUGGACUCAACACCUGAAAUCAUGCAUCCAUGCUAUUCAAGGGUAGAGUUGUGAAGACCACCUUCUUUGUAAUGGAAACUGAAGAGCAAUGGUUACAAGCUGUGGCUGGAGGUGUUCAGGCUGGACUUAGAAGAAAUGUGCCCGAUGAGGGCAGUGCAGCCUUGGAGCAGUGUGCAGAAAGGUGGUGAGAUCUCAGUUCUCACCUUUCCUACCACAGCCAUUUCCAUCAAUUUUUAUGAUUCUAAAGUCUCAGCACAAAAGUCACAGGCUGUGUUCUCACCCACACGUCACUGAAGUCACUGUUGUUUCCCAUUAUCCUGAGGUGCUCUAGGGGAAGGAGAGGUACUAUAAGCUGUUUUCUUCACAUUUUUCCAGCUGGUUCCAGGAUGGUACGUGUCCUGUCAGAGACUAAAAGGGUGUAGAAGUUAGUCCCUAAAAUGCCUUGUUAAAGUACUGAAAGUUAACUUUCUGUCAGCAUUCUUCUAUAGAACCUGCUACAAUCCUGCUACCUUUUACCUAACUUGCUGUGAUCCUAGAACACAGGUCACUUGAUCCUCCCUUUUCCAGCCCAUCUCAGACCUGUGUAUCUGAUUACAAUCUCAUUCUGCAAUGUCACCCCUUCUGUUCCUCUGAGUGGUGAUGUGAGCAGCUACAGGGAUGUGCCAACAGUCUGUUGUUUCCAAGUCUUAGGUAUGAUAAUGGAUAGCCCAGAUGCCACUCAUCCAAAUCCUUAGCUUAAAUAGUAUUUAGGAGGAUUUCCUUCCACUGAUUGUUAGUGGAGUUGCCAACAAAGGCCAAUGAGGGAACAAUUUUUCCUUCUGAAUCUCCUGACAACUUAAAAUUCUUGGGAUGCAUCUCUUAAAGGAGAGGAUGUUCUUAAAAGGACUGAUGAGGUUAGGAGCUCUAGAUUACCUUCCUCCCACUGCCCCAGGCUCUUCAUCUGAUGUCAGGGAAACUUAAAGGAGCUGCAUCUCAGCUACUUACCUAAAAAUACGAAUAACACAAUUUCUCUGAUUAUAAUUUUCUUAAAACAAUCUUUUUUCUACCUAUUUAUGAAGCCUAUCACAUGGGGCUGUGCUCUUAUAAAGAACAUGAAAAGGCAUAGCACUUUGAAUAAAUAGCCUUUAUGUGUUACUAGUUUGUGUAUGGAUAUAAGGGAACUGAAAAGCUGCAAUUAUCAUACUUUGCACCAAUUUAAUUUUCUAUAGAUAUUAUUUUAACAAGAUGUUCUUUUUUUAUUUAUUUUGCCUAGGAUUUGCAGGUGUUUGUAAUGCCAAAACAAGAUGCUGAAAGCUCAGAUAAUUGCAAGAUAAUUACAAUAAAAUGGGCAUUACAAUAAAGUGAGUUAAUGUGUCUGUUUCUGUUUUUCAUCCAAGAAAAACAAUUCCAUAGAAAUUUUACUGCAUGAUCAUAAAUAAUCAGCAUUAGGCUUAUCUCUCCUUGGUCAGAAGGUUUAGCAACAUGUGUGGGUGUUUAUAUGUGUGUACAUUCAUUUUUCAAAAUGAUUGCUUAUCUAUUCAGCCCCAGGAUAUGUAAAUUGGAAUCUCUUUUUCCUUCAUGAGACAUUUACAAUAGAAAUGUCAGGAAGAAGCAACAGGUCCUUACCAUUCAUUCCUUCGGCACAGUGACAAUGUGACAGUGUUCAGAGCUCUGCACCUGCAGUUUGUACAGGUUAUACUACAACAUCUUAUUGUUUCCAAAGCUCCAGAUCCCUGUGACCUCUGCUUAGACCCUUUCUUCACAGGCUCAAAGGAAAAAUGAACUAUCAGCCUUGACCUCAAUAUAAUUGUAAGAUCUCUACUUCACCUCAAGACCCUGAGUAUAAUUGAGUCCCAUCCUUCAGCUGUCAAGCUGCAACAACCAGUUGGGAGUUUUACCUUAGUGCACAAAGCUGAAUGUGUUCUGGACUUUUUCCUGACUUCCUCAGAAGCAUCAGAGAUGGAUUACACUUGGGGACAGUAAAGGACAGUCCAGUGUGUGUGAGAGCACAGAAAAUCCGUCUUUGAUGAUUUUCUAGUCAGGCAUGUUCAUAUGCCCAAGUUCAAGUGAUUGCCGUAAUUUGUGGUUGAGGACAAAUUUACGAUUGGGUGGGACAGAGCAGAAUUCAUGAUUACUUUAAUUUUCCUCUGUUCAAGAAACACAGUUUGCCCACUUGGACUGACUGGAUUUAUCUGAACAGUUUUCAGCCAGUGCACAGGGUUUGGUGUUUAGUCUCUCCUGCUCUUUCUUGGGACACAGGGAAUAAAAAAGACCUCACUGGACUCUCUCAGCAAUGUUAACUUGCUCUUCAGGUCAUCACGCUUAGGGGAUCUUCUCUUUUCAGAGAUUGAAUAAAUACAGUCAGCUCUGGGAAUCAUAGACCAUUCAAGUGUGGGCUGAAGUUCCCCUCUGGAGGUUUCCCGUCCAACUUCCUUCUUGAAACAGGACUAUAAUCAUGUAAAGUAGGUUACAUGUGCCCCUGUCUCUUCAUGUUUUGGAAAACACUGAGGAUGGAGAGACCACCAUCUCUCUGCACUGCUCUCUGGAUAAAGAAAUUUUGCUGAAGUCAGUCUGAACAUCUCAAGCUGCAGUUUGUGGCUGUUGCCUUUCCCUGGAUCAUCUUCUGCUGCCAAAGUGGUUCCAUCCAUUUUGUAACUCUCUUUCAUGGACCUGUAGGUUGCUGUUAUGUUGCCUCUUUUUCUUUUUGCCAGACUCAACAAGCCCAACUCAAGAAGUUUCUUCUUGUAGGCAAAGUGCUCUGGACUUGUGCUUGGGAGCUCUUUGCCGAACUUUCUGCAGUUCCUCUGCUUUCCUUUUGAACUGGGAAGGGGUCAGAAAAUUGAAUGCAAUAUUCCAAGUGUGCCCUCACAGGUGUCAAGUCUACAAACACUGACAUCCCUUGGUCUGCUUAGGUACCUUUCACAAUGCAGGCCACUGUGUGUAACCCUGUCAGUCAGUCACUUCAGUCAGUCAGAGAGCUUCAGCUGACUCUGUUGAAGGCAAUGACAAACCCUUACCUUGUAGAGUUUGUGCCCUUAUUAGAGACUUUGUCUAGGCUGUGAUAAAUCCAGCACCAGGAUGACUCAGUCUAGCAGUGCAGGGGGAUCUACAUCUUGCACUUUACCAUUUAUUGAUUAGUUAGUUAGAUACUCUCAGGGUCUUUGUGUAUGUGACUCAUUCCUCAUGAAGGAGUGCUUUUGCUAAAAAAGGAUGCAUACCCACGGUUGUACAAUAAAUGGGUGGUCUUAGGCUUGAGAACUAGCAGUGAGAUUAAUGGCUGGUGAAAUAGCCCAUCUGUUUUUAAAAUCAAGCUACCAUGCCAUAUUUGUCCUCAGACACAUUGAACCCUAUGGCUUGAGUGUCUGGCAGAUAAAUAAUCAUCUCUUCCUUCUAAAGUCUGGUCAUCAGUUGUUAUUGUUUAAUUUCAUGGUCUAUGCCCUGGUUUCCAUGCAGUGAUACAAAAGGCAACAGGGGAGCUGAGAACAGGGAAAAUGCAAAGUAGCCUGAAAGAGAAUUACUGUACAUACAAGUCUUGGCUUGCCUGAAUUACCUAUGUAAAAUCCAGACAUGGACAACACCCAAACAGCAAAGACGUGUGCCCAGAAUUUUUGAAAUGACAGAAUAAAUUUAUUUUUUUUGCUAAGCAGUAAUUGUUUGCCUUUCUGUUUGUACAUUCUGGGCCUGUUCUUCAAUUCACAAUCUGUUUUUCCCACAGCAUAACUGUGUCAUUAACAAAUUAGAGCAACGGUUCAGCCUUUUUUCAUUGCUCAGUCUGUGGUUGCCAAACAUCAUCAACAGGUCAUGAUUCCUUUGAAGAGAUGGCACCAGAAUGCACACAGAUUUCCAGCAGAAGGUACAGGCCCUGGCACAAGGAGCACCACCAGUUCCUGAAUGAGAAAUCCAGAGCUGUCUCCAGGAUCUCUCAGGGUAUUGGAUCUGCUGUCCUCUUCCCUUUGCUGUGGCCUUACUCCAGGGCUCUGUGUGCUCAGUUUUCCACUCACAUCCCACCCUGUUUAAAGAUGAGUUAAUGAGACUUCAGCCUGUCUGAGCUGUUGUGAAUCUCAAUUA